GCCAAUGCCGCGCCGGGGAGCCGACCGGGCGAGCGGUUCCGGUGUGAGAGGUCGGCGGGAGGAGUCGGGGCGCCCGGAUCGCUCUCAGAAUUGAGUUUACCUUUGUGAAGUAACGAAAAAUGGCAGAUGACUUGAAGAGAUACCUUUACAAACAGUUGCCUAGUGUCGAGGGCCUUCAUGCUAUUGUAGUAUCUGACAGGGAUGGAGUCCCUGUGAUUAAAGUUGCGAAUGAUAAUGCACCAGAACAUGCACUGAGACCUGGAUUCCUCUCUACCUUUGCCUUGGCAACAGAUCAAGGAAGCAAGCUAGGACUUUCCAAGAACAAGAGCAUCAUUUGCUAUUACAAUUCCUACCAGGUUGUACAGUUUAAUCGGUUACCUUUGGUUGUUAGCUUCAUAGCCAACAGCAAUGCUAAUACAGGAUUAAUUGUCAGUUUGGAAAAGGAACUGGCACCGUUGUUUGAAGAGCUGCGCCAAGCUGUGGAAGUUUCAUGAAUUACAGACUCCAGAAAGUACACCCACUGCCUUGAACAUUGUGAACUUAUUGGCAAGUCAUUAGGCAGCAAACACCUCACAGAAUUUGUACAUUGUGAUAGUGAUCCUAAAAGGUAACUUGUCGAGUUUAAUGCUGCUAAAAUUGAGACGUGGAUUGUGCAUGGCUUUCCUCCAACAUCUGACAGUAUUUCUUCCAUCGGCUAUUCCUUUGCUCAACAAUUCUGCCACUGUUCAGAGAGUCCUGAUUUUCUUAAGAUGAUUCCAAUCAAUUUGUUUAUAAAAGUAUAAUUUGUAAAAGUUAACAUUGCUUCCAGUCUCUGAUUGUCAUGAUGCAUUGGCUUAUUUUUUGGAGGCAUAGGGUAGGGAAGAGAGAACCAAGGCUGAUUUAAAUUACUAUGCUGUGUAAAUUGCAUUUAUUUUGCUUGAUUUUAAUGUACUAGGUGAAGAUCUCAACUGUUUAAAGCUGUUGAUAUAAUUUCACCCAUGUACCUUUUCUGGUUCUGAGAUCUCAUUACUAAAUCCAGAAUCAUAGACUGUAAGAGAUCAGAGUCCAGUACAAUUUGGAAUUAAACAGAAGUGAUCAAAUCUGUCCAGCUUGUUUCUGUUAAUAUGUAUCGUACUUUGAAAUAAGCUGUCUGUCAUGAAAUUUAAGCCAGUACAGUUGUAAUGUCUCUAGGCUGAGUUAUUUUUAAAUCUUGCUAGUUAAUCUCGUCUUAAAGAUACAUCUUUACUGUUGAGAUUUCUUUCUUCUGCCUCAGGAUGUUUGGGGGAAGGAGGGGCAGUGGCUUGAGGGGAAAAGACUGGGCCAGUCUGUAGGAGGUUCUGUUUUUUUGAUUCUAAUAUUAAGCCAAGGCCUGAUGAAUGGUCCUGGACCUGAAGCAUUAACUGUUUCUGUUCCCAGAUCUGCUGCCUGACCUGCUGAGUGUUUCCCACAUUUUCAGUUUUUAUUUCAGAUUUACAGCAUCAGUUUUUAACGUUCAUUUAUGUUUUCAACAAAGUUAUAUGCAAUUUCCUACUAUAACAGCACCCAGUCUUAUAGUACGUCAUUAGCUAUUACUUCAGGGCCCUUCUGAGCUUGUAAAAUCAUCUACUCUGUUGUUAAAACUGCAUCAUGCUUCAUUUAGUGGAAUGGGGUUUCAUUCAGCUGGGAUCAUCUCUAACAAUCACGUUUCUAAGGUUUUAAUGUUUAGUGAAGCUUUAUCAAGCUAAGAUUUUCCAGAUGGUCUAACUGUUUAAAGUUUGUGGCAUAACUGAUUUGUUCUAAAAUGGUGAUUUGAAAAAGGUUAAAGAUGUUUUUAAUUUGCAUACUGGAAGGGAAACUAUAGCCAGAACUGAUCUGGGACCCGAGUGUGAUGAAUAAGGUUCAUAUCGACUUGUCUUCAGAAUCUUUUUCACUAUCUCUUGUCCUGUAUCACAACUCACAAAAAAAAAAUUAAGGCUGACCUUUACAGAAUCGUUGAAAGAAUCAGUUGUUUUUUCAAUGCUUUGGAAACUGCAGUAGCUGCUGUAAAUGUGAUGCAUUUUGGAAAGUCAAACUACACUAGGGAGUGUAAUGGAACAGAGGGACGUAGGUGUACAAGUGCAUAGUUUGUUGAAAGCAGUGUCACAGGUAGAUAGGGUGGUUAAAAAAGAGGCGUUCAGCACGCUGGCCUUCAUCAGUCAGGGCAUUGAGUAUAGGAGUUGGGACAUUAUGCUGCAGUUGUAUAAGGUAUUGGUGAGGCUGCACUCAGAGUACUGUGUACAGUUUUGGUCACCCUGUUAUAGAAAAGACCUGGUUAAACUGGAAAGAGGGCAGAGAAGAUUUACGAGGAUGUUGCCAGGACUCGAGGGCCUAAGUUAUAGGGAGAGGUUGGACAGGCUGGGUCUUUAUUGCUUGGAACGUAGGAGAAUGAGGGGCGACCUUAUUAAAGUGUUCAAAAUAAUGAGAGGCACAGAUAAGGUGGACGGUAACAGUCUUUUCCCCAGGGUAGGGGAGUCCCAAACUAGGGGGCAUAGGUUUAGGGUGAGAGGGGAAAGAUUUAAAAGGGAGCUGAGGGGGCAACUUUUUCACACAGAGGGUGGUGAGUAUAUGGAACGAGCUGCCAGAGGAAGUGGGUGAGGCAGGUACAACAGGAUCAUUUAAGAAGCACUUGGAAUAGGUACAUGGAGGGGCGGGGCUUGGAGGGACAUGGGCCAAAUGCAAGAAAUUGGGACUAGCUGAGUGGGCACCGUGGGCCAGUAUCUGCUCUAUGACUCUUAUUAUCUUUAUUAGAUGUGAUUCAAAAUUAACCUGAUGGCAAAAGUAUUUAUAUUCAAAUUUAAUUGUUUCUUUCAUUCUUACUGUCAAUAGAUAGUCAAUUUGCCCUUGUCACUCUUUCUCAGUAAUUAUUGACAACAUUCUGAAUCUUAAGUUCAGUUUUAAGCUUGUAUAUUGCCUUGAUUCAACAGCAAAUGUUCUGCACUGCUCUCUGGUUUCUGCCUUUAAAGUCACUUAAACCACAAAGACAUUUUUAACAUGGGUAGGUACUCUGUCAAUGCAAUGAAACGCCAAUUAUUCAGCAAUGCUGAUGGUUCAGCAGCUUGCUUAUUAGUCUGGAAUUAAUCUUAGGUACAAACUGCAGGCAGAGUGAGUGGCCAGAUCCAGACUGGGAGCUGAUUGUGUGGCUGGGGGGUCAAGGUUUCACUGGAGCCAUGGCCCAGAGCACUUGUAUAUUUCACUACCUUUAAAGUCACUGGAAAACUAUUACUACUGUAUAACAUGUUUUAAAAAAAGUGUUUGGUAUUAAUAGUGACAUCCAAUAGUCUAGUCUAGAAUAUCUGCUAGUCUGGCACCACAAAUUCCAAGGAUGCUAUAUUAUUGCAGUUUU